CGGUUGCAUGCGCGAGGAAUGAGCACGCGCUAGGCGGCUAACUAACGGCCACAGAAACUUCAACUAGUGCCUCAGUUAACGGUCACCUAGUCGUGUUGUUGUUGUUUUCGCUAGUUGACUACAUUUAUCGGUCAUUUUACGUCAAAUGCGAUUCUGAGGCCGUGUAGAAAGAUGGCUGUGAGGGAGAUUAUCAGUGAAUGAAUUUUUGAAGGACUGGCCCUGAAGUCCAGCUUCAGUAUACCGGAGAUUCAUCACCCCAUUCAACGGCGCUCGUCUGGGAAAUUGCAGGUGGCCUAUUUUUAGUUCCUCAUGCCGGAGAUGGCACAGCGGAGCGGUCAGGAGGACCCCGAGCGGUACCUCUUCGUGGACCGGGCCGUGGUCUACAACCCAGCUUCCCAGGCUGACUGGACGGCUAAGAAGCUGGUGUGGGUGCCUUCUGAGCGCCAUGGGUUUGAGGCUGCCAGCAUCCGUGAGGAACGAGGAGAGGAGGUAGUCGUCGAGCUGGCAGAAAAUGGCAAGAAGGCCAUGGUGAACAAGGACGACAUCCAGAAGAUGAACCCACCCAAGUUCAGCAAAGUGGAGGAUAUGGCGGAGCUCACCUGCCUGAACGAAGCCUCUGUGCUACACAACCUAAAGGAUCGAUACUACUCUGGGCUCAUAUAUACAUACUCAGGGCUCUUCUGCGUGGUAAUAAACCCUUACAAAAACCUCCCCAUAUACUCCGAGAACAUCAUUGAGAUGUACAGGGGCAAGAAAAGGCAUGAAAUGCCACCUCAUAUCUAUGCCAUUUCUGAAUCGGCCUACAGAUGCAUGCUUCAAGAUCGUGAGGACCAAUCAAUUCUUUGCACUGGAGAAUCAGGUGCUGGAAAGACGGAAAACACCAAAAAAGUCAUCCAGUACCUGGCUCAUGUCGCAUCCUCUCACAAAGGAAGGAAAGACCACAACAUUCCACCAGAAUCACCUAAAGCUCUCAAACUCCAGAAUGGAAUCCUCUUUUAUGGAGAGUUGGAGCGUCAGCUCCUGCAGGCAAACCCUAUUCUGGAAGCCUUUGGGAAUGCCAAGACUGUGAAAAAUGACAACUCUUCACGCUUUGGCAAGUUCAUUCGCAUCAAUUUUGAUGUGACGGGUUACAUUGUGGGGGCCAACAUUGAAACCUAUCUUCUUGAAAAAUCCAGGGCUGUACGUCAAGCCAAAGAUGAACGCACCUUUCACGUCUUCUACCAGUUAUUGGCCGGUGCUGGAGAACAUCUGAAAUCUGAUCUGCUUCUCGAGGGCUUCAAUAACUACCGCUUUCUCUCCAACGGUAACAUUCCCAUCCCUGGCCAACAGGACAAGGACAACUUUCAGGAGACCAUGGAGGCCAUGCAUAUUAUGAGCUUCUCCCAUGAGGAAAUCUUAUCGAUGCUGAAGGUGGUAUCAGCGGUCCUGCAGUUCGGCAACAUUGUGUUUAAAAAGGAGAGAAACACAGAUCAGGCCUCUAUGCCAGAAAACACAGCCGCCCAGAAGCUUUGCCACCUGCUCGGCAUGAACGUGAUGGAGUUUACACGUGCAAUUUUGUCCCCACGGAUAAAAGUGGGCAGGGACUAUGUACAAAAAGCCCAGACUAAAGAACAGGCUGACUUUGCGGUGGAAGCCCUGGCCAAAGCCACGUACGAAAGGUUGUUUCGCUGGCUUGUUCACCGUAUUAAUAAAGCUCUGGACAGGACCAAGCGCCAGGGAGCUUCCUUCAUUGGCAUCCUGGACAUCGCUGGCUUUGAGAUCUUCCAGCUGAACUCAUUUGAGCAGCUAUGCAUCAACUACACCAACGAGAAGCUCCAGCAGCUGUUUAACCACACCAUGUUCAUCCUGGAGCAGGAGGAGUACCAGCGCGAAGGCAUCGAGUGGAGCUUUAUCGACUUUGGUCUCGACCUCCAGCCCUGUAUUGAUCUCAUUGAGAGACCGGCAAAUCCCCCUGGCGUGUUGGCUCUGUUGGAUGAGGAGUGCUGGUUCCCAAAAGCCACUGACAAAACCUUCGUGGAAAAACUGGUGCAAGAGCAGGGAACGCACGGCAAGUUCCAGAAACCACGGCAGCUGAAGGACAAAGCUGAUUUCUGCAUUAUUCACUAUGCUGGCAGGGUUGACUAUAAGGCAGAUGAGUGGUUAAUGAAAAACAUGGAUCCUCUAAAUGACAACGUGGCUACGCUCCUGCACCAAUCCACGGAUAAGUUUGUGGCCGAACUGUGGAAGGAUGUGGACCGCAUUGUUGGUUUGGACCAAGUGGCAGGAAUGAACGAGACCGCAUUUGGAGCCACGUAUAAAACCAAGAAGGGCAUGUUCCGUACCGUAGGUCAGCUCUAUAAAGAGUCCCUUACCAAACUCAUGGCCACCCUCAGGAACACCAAUCCCAAUUUUGUCCGCUGUAUCAUACCUAACCAUGAGAAAAGAGCUGGGAAACUGGAGCCCCACCUUGUUUUAGAUCAGCUGAGGUGUAAUGGGGUUCUAGAAGGAAUUCGCAUCUGCAGACAGGGAUUCCCCAACCGUAUCGUUUUCCAGGAGUUCAGACAGAGAUAUGAGAUUCUCACUCCAAAUGCAAUUCCUAAAGGUUUUAUGGAUGGCAAGCAGGCUUGUGAGAGAAUGAUCCGAGCUCUGGAAUUGGACCCAAACCUCUUCCGGAUCGGUCAGAGUAAGAUUUUCUUCCGCACUGGAGUUCUGGCGCACCUGGAAGAAGAGCGAGACCUGAAGAUAACAGACAUCAUCAUCUACUUUCAGUCGGUCUGUCGAGGGUACCUGGCCCGCAAAGCAUUUGCUAAGAAACAGCAGCAGCUCAGUGCUUUGAAGGUCCUGCAGAGAAACUGUGCCGCUUACCUGAAGCUACGCCACUGGCAGUGGUGGAGGCUCUUCACUAAGGUGAAGCCCCUCCUGCAGGUGACCCGUCAGGAGGAAGAGAUGCAGGCCAAGGAUGAGGAGCUCAUUAAAGUCAAGGAGAAGCAGGUGAAAGUAGAGAAUGAACUGGUGGAAAUGGAAAGGAAACACCAGCAGCUCGUGGAGGAGAAGAACAUCCUGGCAGAGCAACUGCAGGCCGAGACCGAAUUGUUUGCCGAAGCUGAAGAGAUGAGAGCUCGCCUGGUGGCUAAAAAACAAGAGCUGGAGGAGAUCCUUCAUGACCUGGAGUCCCGCGUAGAGGAGGAAGAAGAGAGGAACCAGUCACUGCAGAAUGAAAAAAAGAAAAUGCAAUCGCACAUACAGGAUCUAGAGGAACAGCUAGAUGAAGAGGAGGCCGCCAGACAGAAACUUCAGCUAGAGAAAGUGACUGCUGAAGCCAAAAUCAAAAAGAUGGAGGAAGAUAUUCUGGUGUUGGAGGACCAGAACUCCAAAUUCAUCAAGGAGAAGAAACUCCUGGAGGACCGUGUCAAUGAGAUGACCUCCCAGCUGGCUGAAGAAGAGGAGAAGGCUAAGAACCUUGGCAAAGUCAAGAACAAGCAAGAAGUGAUGAUGGUGGAUUUGGAAGAGCGUCUGAAGAAAGAAGAGAAAACAAGGCAGGAGCUGGAGAAAUCCAAACGGAAGCUGGACGCUGAGACCACAGAUCUACAAGAUCAGAUAGCUGAGCUGCAGGCCCAAAUCGAGGAGCUCAAGAUUCAAUUGGCCAAGAAGGAAGAGGAGCUGCAGGCUGUACUGGCCAGAGGUGAUGAGGAGGUCGCUCAGAAGAACAAUGCCCUGAAACAGGUGCGAGAGCUGCAGGCCCAACUCACGGAGCUGCAGGAAGAUCUCGAGUCGGAGAAAGCAGCCCGAAACAAAGCGGAGAAACUUAAGAGAGAUCUGAGCGAGGAGCUGGAGGCACUGAAGACUGAGUUAGAGGACACCCUGGACACCACUGCUGCCCAGCAGGAACUGAGGACCAAACGAGAACAAGAGGUGGCUGAACUGAAGAAGGCGAUAGAUGAUGAGUUGAGAAACCACGAGUCUCAAAUCCAGGAGAUGAGACAGAGGCAUGGCACAGCUCUGGAGGAGAUCUCUGAACAGCUGGAGCAGGCCAAAAGAGUUAAGUCAAAUCUGGAGAAAAACAAACAGACCCUGGAGAGUGAUAAUAAGGAGAUGGCCACUGAAGUGAAGAGUUUACAGCAGGCCAAGGCCGAGUCUGAGCACAAGAGAAAGAAACUAGAGGCUCAGCUGCAGGAGUUUAUGACCCGCUUCAGCGAGGGAGAGAAGGUUAAAGGAGAACUUUCAGAUCGGACCCAUAAACUACAGGGGGAACUGGACAAUGUUUCUACUCUUUUGGAAGAUGCAGAGAAGAAGGGAAUCAAGCUGACCAAAGACGUCUCAAGCCUAGAGAGUCAACUUCAGGACACUCAGGAGCUGCUUCAAGAGGAGACUCGCCAGAAGCUUAACCUGAGCAGCCGUAUUCGUCAGCUGGAGGAGGAGAAGAACAGCCUGCUGGAGCAGCAGGAGGAGGAAGAAGAGGCCCGUAAGAACCUGGAGAAACAACUGUCAAGCCUUCAAGCACAGCUGGUGGAGACCAAGAAGAAGCUGGAGGAUGAUGUGGGAACCCUGGAGUGUCUAGAGGAGGUGAAGAGGAAGCUGCAAAAGGACAUGGAGGGCACCAGUCAGAAGCUGGAGGAGAAGGCCAUCGCUUUCGAUAAACUGGAGAAAACCAAGAACCGACUACAGCAGGAGCUCGAUGACCUUAUGGUGGACCUGGAUCAUCAGAGACAGAUUGUCUCAAACCUGGAGAAGAAACAGAAAAAGUUUGACCAGAUGCUUGCCGAGGAGAAGACCAUCUCGGCACGUUAUGCUGAGGAGAGAGAUCGGGCAGAGGCUGAGGCCAGAGAGAAGGAGACCAAAGCUUUGUCUAUGGCUCGAGCCCUGGAUGAGGCUCUGGAGGCCAAAGAAGAAUUCGAGAGGCUCAACAAGCAGCUCAGAGCCGAGAUGGAGGACCUGAUGAGUUCAAAGGAUGAUGUGGGCAAGAACGUCCAUGAGCUGGAGAAAUCCAAACGCACUCUGGAGCAGCAGGUGGAGGAAAUGCGCACUCAACUAGAAGAACUGGAGGAUGAGUUACAGGCCACAGAAGAUGCUAAGCUGCGUCUGGAGGUCAACAUGCAGGCCAUGAAAGCUCAGUUUGACCGAGACCUGCAGGCCAAAGAUGAGCAGAAUGAAGAGAAGAAGAGGGCGCUGGUCAAACAGGUCCGCGAGUUGGAGGCGGAGCUGGAAGAUGAGCGGAAGCAGCGAGCGCUUGCAGUAGCGGCCAAAAAGAAACUGGAGAUGGACCUGAAAGAUGUGGAAGCUCAUAUUGAGGCUGCAAACAAGGCCCGCGACGAAGCCAUUAAACAACUCCGUAAACUUCAGGCACAGAUGAAGGAUUACCAGAGGGAGCUGGAGGAGGCGCGCGCCUCUCGCGAUGAGAUCUUUGCUCAGUCUAAGGAGAACGAGAAGAAACUCAAGGGUCUAGAAGCAGAGAUUCUGCAGCUGCAAGAGGACCUCGCAUCUUCAGAGAGAGCCAGACGCCACGCUGAACAGGAAAGAGAUGAACUGGCAGAUGAGAUUUCCAACAGCGCUUCUGGAAAGGCAGCCCUCUUGGAUGAGAAGAGGAGGCUGGAAGCUCGUAUCGCUCAGCUGGAGGAAGAACUAGAAGAGGAACAGAGCAACAUGGAGCUCUUGAACGAUCGCUUCCGCAAGACCACUAUGCAGGUGGACACCCUGAACACCGAGCUGGCAGGAGAGCGCAGUGCCGCUCAGAAGAGCGAGAAUGCCCGUCAGCAGCUGGAGAGACAAAACAAAGAGCUGAAAGCCAAACUGCAGGAACUGGAAGGAUCUGUCAAAUCUAAGUUUAAGGCCGCUAUCACCGCCCUGGAGGCCAAGAUUAUCCAGCUAGAGGAGCAGUUGGAACAGGAGGCAAAGGAGAGAGCCGCAGCCAAUAAGAUUGUGCGUCGCACAGAGAAGAAACUUAAGGAGGUGUUCAUGCAAGUGGAGGAUGAGCGUCGCCAUGCCGACCAGUACAAAGAGCAGAUGGAAAAGGCGAAUUCACGUAUGAAGCAGUUGAAGAGGCAACUGGAGGAGGCGGAGGAGGAGGCGACUCGAGCAAACGCCUCCCGCAGGAAGCUGCAGAGAGAACUAGAUGACGCCACCGAAGCCAGUGAGGGUCUAAGCCGCGAGGUCAAUACUCUCAAGAACCGGCUCAGGCGAGGAGGUCCCGUUAGCUUCUCAUCGAGCCGCUCCGGCCGCAGACAGCUGCAAAUGGAGGGAGAAUUCUCGGAUGAUGACGCAGACAGCAGAGCCAGCGACCUGAACGAGAACUCAUCAGCUCAAGCAGAAUAGAGCACAGCGCCCUCCUGUGGCCACUACAUCAACCACUUCAGAAAGUCUCGCAGCAUCUCAUUGUCUUCUGUGUGGGGUCAGCGGUACAGAAAUAGGACCAGUUAGCGACACACAACAUACAUUGUUUCCCAUUUUCCAGUGCCACAGUAAGCUUUAGAAAUUAUAGCACUACACAUUUACAUAUAGGCACGCACUUCUCUGUACCCUAUAUUUCUGUAUACUCCCUUUGAAGGGUGCAUCAACUCUGCCUUACUCUGAAUAUGUUUCACACACUACACUAUCAAAUAAAUACAAGUGCAUUCCACACAUCAUACUAUUGAACGGGCAUAUUCAUGUACCCAGAGCAAUGAAAUGGUUCGCUCAAAUCUAGUUGAAUUAACGUCAAACUAUCGCCUAGCUAAGGGGAUGACUGAUUAGAUCUCAGCUGUGUUUUGGGUCGAUAAAGGUGCAUGUGCUGCUCAUUCGCUACAAGCCAACAUAUACUGGACUGCAUCCGAAAUGGACCGGAAUAGAGAAAAACUGUGAAAAGGCUACGGCAUCUCUUUGAAUGCAUUUGUGAUAUAUCUUCAUUUAAUUCGAGGCCUGUUUGAUUUUAUUUGCAUAUAAAAAUAUUACGAGAUUCAAGGGGUUUGUGUUUUAAGAAUUGCGAAUCGCAAUUAACUGCACAUUAUAGAAAAGCCAUAAAGGCCACUGCAACUGGAAAGGAAUUCUGGAAAGCAUAUGCACGAUAAUAUGACGAAUUACGUAAUGUGUGUAGGGUUUUUUCCCUUAUAUGUGAGAGGAAUUGAUGGUACUUCUGAACUCCAGCUGCUCUAUUAGAUAUAAGUGAAUACAGCCGUCAGAAGAAGUGGGCGUGAAUGUGAAAGCGAAAUAAUACGAUAAACUUAGCUGUGUAAUGUGCUAUAGUAGUAAGUGCUCUCAUCAGUAUUAGAAGAGGAUGUAUGGAAACUGUACUAACCUAUUCCACUGACAUGUUUCUUAAAAGUGCCUUAGACACUAAAUAGAAAACAUCCGUGAAUAAAUGAUGUGGCGUAACGUGAAGGUAAAACUGGCUGAAGGAAAUUGAAAUAAACAUAAUAUGUAACCCUCUUAUUGUUAUUUUGUAUUUUACCGCGCUAUGAAUCAUAUCCAGUAUAUCGUUCUCCUGUAUUUUCAUUAAGGUGUGGGGAAUUAUCAGUCAGCAAGGAGCGAGUGCGAUCUCAUUGGGUUUAAAGCUUUAUCAUCCAUCAUCUACUUACUAUUAUUGCAGUUAUCAUUAUUAUUAUUAUUAUUAUUGCUAUAGUAUCAAUUCUAUUAUUGGACUGGCUGUUGACAACCAGGCAUUGAACUACAAAUGUCUCUCCUCUUGUUUUUCUCUUGUAUACUGUAUUUCUAGAAGACAGUGGGUUUUGUAAAGGAAAAAUAAAACAUUCAUUGUA